CAAAGAAUGAGUUAGGAGGAGUAUCAGGAAGAAUCUACUGAAUUUGGGAAGGCUAUGUAUGACUGUGAAUAUUUUAUAUUUCAGAAAUGAACAAAUAGGAGAAUUGAUGGAUCAUCUCGAUAGAGAACAUGACAGUGAAGAUGAAGGUAUGGAAGAUUAUAAAAUUGGAGGUUUCUUAUAUCAAUUAGGUUUUAGGUUAUCAUCCAGUUCAUAUUGGUGAGAUCUUACUCAAUCGAUAUGUGAUUAUAUAAAAAUUAGGUUGGGGACACUUCUCUACAGUCUGGCUGGCGAAGGAUUUCAAAUAUGAUACCUAUGUAGCAUUGAAAAUUCAAAAGAGUGCUUCUCAUUAUUUAGAAGCAGCAUAUGAUGAGGUAAAUAAAUUAAUUUAACAACUAGGUUGAAAUUCUUCAAAAAGUAGCUUAAAAUGUACAAAAUCCCGUUUGGAUUUAGUCUUUAAAAGAAUAUUAUGCAGAUGUAAAAUGAUAGUAUAUAAAUUGAUAGUAAGGAAGGACAUCCUUCAAUAGAGAUGACACUCAUACUGUUUAAUUAUUAAAUUCAUUUGUGUAUAAAGGACCCUAUGGUCAUCAUUUUUGUAUGGUAUUUGAAAUUUUGGGGGUGAAUUUACUAGAAAUAAUUAAAAGAUAUGAAUACAAAGGAGUAAUAUAUAGAUUUAACCUUAGUGUCCAAUGGAUAUUGCUCGAAGAAUGGCAAAGUAAAUUUUAAUAGGAUUGGAUUAUCUUCAUCGAAUAUGUGGAGUAAUUCAUACGGAUUUGAAACCUGAAAAUGUGUUACUAUGUUUAUCAGAUGAAGAGAUUAAAGAUAUAGUUGAGAAUGGAUAAUUGACUUCUAAUUAGCUAUUCUCAGACAGAAUUCACAUUUAUAGAUAAAUGCUAGGAAUUGAGAAACAUACUGUUCCAGAGCCAUUCACAAAAAAGGAGGAUGACGAAUUAAGUGAAAGCACUACUCAUUUAUCUAAGACUCAAAAGAGGAAAUUAUUAAGGAAAAAGAAAUAGAAGUAAUAACAUGAAGAAUCAAGAAAGGAAUCACAUGAAAUUCAAGUUGAUUAAAUUGAAAUGCCUAAAUCUAUUAAAGAAUUGUUUUUACAACAAAAGAAGUAAUUUAUUGCAAUACUUUAUAGAAUAUCUUUUACUUAAUAAAAGAAAUUGCCAGAUAAUUUUCGUUUGAAAAUAGCUGAUCUAGGCAAUGCAUGUUGGAUUCAUCAUCAUUUUUCAACCUUAAUUUAGACUAGAUAAUAUAGAUCCCCUGAGGUGUUAUUAGGAGUCAAAUACAAUCCCACUGCUGACAUUUGGAGUUUCGCUUGCAUGAUUUUUGAAAUGCUAACAGGCGAUUACCUAUUUGAACCCAGACAAGGACCAAACUUUUCAAAGAAUGAGGAUCAUUUAGCCUAGAUUCAAGAAUUAUUAGGCAAAUUCCCAUUUGAAUAUAGUACAAGAGGUGUCAAAGCGAAGGUAUAUUAAACAAUGUAUAUAAAUAGAGAUAUUUCUAAUAAAAUGGACAAAUGAAAAGAAUACCUCAAUUACAUUUUUGGAACUUAUAUAAUGUUUUGACUGAGAAAUACAGAUUUAAAUAAGAAGAAGCUUUGUCAUUUGCUUCAUUUAUGAUGCCCAUGUUACAUCAAUUACCAGAAUAUAGAACUACAGCUCAAGAAGCUUUAAAGAGAGAAUUAUGUCAUAAUAACUUAGAUCCAUAAAUAAGAAAAUGUCUACUUAAGAAAUAUAUCGAUUAGAUAUUCUAAUUUUAGAAUUUUAGAGAUCUUAUUCCAAGUUCUGGAUGGUUAUAAUCAAAAACAGAUUCUGGAGUAGGACACAAAAUGAAUGAGGAAGAAUAUAAAAAGUAUACCAAAUAAAAGAAAUUCAAUGAAGAAGUAGAACAAAUGGGAUAGGCUGUUGAUGGUAUCUAACCAACAUUAUUGUAAAAUUAUAGAAGGGUAUGCAAUCUUAAAUUUAUUUUUAGGCUUCUACAAGAUCAUAUGAUGGCUCCAAUUCUUAGACUCCUCAAUAGGAUAAGUUUAAAAAGUAGGAUGGAAAGUAUGUGGAUCAUAGGGUUAUUGACAGAUCCUUUACAGAUUUAGGAUAUAUUGGAUAUGGAGAUGGAAUUGAUUUAGAAUAAUUAGACAGUACAGGAAAUUGGUAAUUUAGUUGA